ACGGCCUGUUCUAAACCACUGCGCACGCGCCAUGCGGUCCUUAACGACUCGGCUCCGCCCUUCUUUCGUAACUCUAGGGCUCGCCAGGCGCUCACCUCCACUGCGCCGCGCAAUCCUUACUCCCGCCCUCGUAAUCCCGCAACAGGUCUCUGAUUGGUUACCUGGCCUCGCGGCCUGCGUGGACGGUGAUUGGCUAGUGGUUCCGUCCAAUCGGCGGCGGGCUGUCGGAUUCAAAUCCAGAGCGUUGGGCCUGCGGUCGUUGGCCUCAUUCGAGUCGUUGCGCCGGCCCUGGGCGGACGUGUAGCUCCUUGCGCCCCAUUUCCUGCUCCCGUCUUCUCCUCCGCGCGCCGGCAGGAUGGCCCACAAGCAGAUCUACUACUCGGACAAGUACUUCGACGAGCACUACGAGUACCGGCAUGUCAUGCUACCUAGAGAACUCUCCAAACAAGUACCAAAAACUCAUCUGAUGUCUGAAGAGGAGUGGAGGAGACUUGGUGUCCAACAGAGUCUAGGUUGGGUUCAUUACAUGAUUCAUGAGCCAGAGCCGCAUAUUCUUCUCUUUAGACGACCUCUUCCAAAAGAACAGCAAAAGUGAAGUGCAGCUGGGAUCGCCUAAUCCUUUUCAAAUUUAUUGUAUAUGUGUAUAUAAGGUAGUAUUCAGUGAAUACUUGAAAAAUGUACAAAUCUUUCAUCCAUACCUGUGCAUGAGCUGUAUUCUUCACAGCAACAGAGCCCAGUUAAAUGCAACUGCAAGUAGGUUAUUUUAAGUUGUUCAAGAUAAAUUUCCUUGUAGUGUUUUCUUAAUAUAAGUAGUGCCUGUUUUACUUUGCUGUUACUUUUGUUAAAUAAAGUUUGUAUGUUGCAUUUA